ACAAUACUUUAUAUUUCUGUAAAUUAGAACACAUACAUAGCUAUGGCUUCUUCUUCUUCUCGCGCCACUGCUAAGGCACCUUUGAAAAAAUACGAUGUUUUCAUCAGCUUUAGAGGCGACGAUACUCGUGCUGCCUUCACUAGCCAUCUUCAUGCUUCUCUGUGCCGAAGCUAUUUGGAGACUUACAUAGACUACAUAAUCCAAAAAGGAAACGACGUUUGGGAAGAACUUGUGAAAGCAAUCAAACAGUCCACUCUCUUUCUCGUGGUGUUCUCACAUGAAUAUGCGUCUUCAACAUGGUGUUUGAAUGAACUUGUUGAAAUUAUGGAGUGCCAUAAAAAUAAACAGAACAACGUUGUUGUUAUUCCCGUGUUCUACAAAAUUGAUCCUUCGCAAGUUCGGAAGCAGACUGAGAAUUACGCCACUGCAUUUGCGAAACACAAGAAGCAACACAAAGACAAGAUUCAAAAGUGGAAGGAUGUUCUUUCUCAAGCUGCAAAUUUAUCUGGUUUUCAUUCUACAGCAUACAGGAAUGAAGCUCACUUGAUUGAAGAAAUUACAAGAUCUGUUUUAGGAAAACUAGAUCACAAGUACCAAAAUGAGCUUGCAAGUGAUUUCAUACUCAAUCAAAACUAUUGGAGCAUUGAAUCUUUAUUCAAAAUUGAUUCGGCAGGAGUUCAUGUCAUUGGACUUUGGGGCAUGGGGGGCAUAGGCAAGACAACCCUUGCCGAAGCUAUUUUUCACAAGUUCUCUUUUCAAUAUGAAGGCAGAUUCUUCUUCAAAAAUGUGACGGAAGAAUCAGAAAGGCAUGGAAUCAAUUACACAUUCAAUAUACUUCUUUCAAAGUUACUAAUGGAAGAUCUUCAUAUUGGCUCUCCCAAAGUAAUGCCACCCGCAGUCAUGAGAAGACUCAAACGCAUGAAAGCUUACAUUGUAUUAGAUGAUGUUCGUACCUUAGAACUUCUACAGAGCUUGAUUGGAGUUGGGCAUGGUUGGCUAGGAGCUGGCAGCACAGUCAUUGUGACGACUAGGGAUAAGCAUGUGCUGGAAAGUGGAGGAAUUGACAAAAUUCAUCAAGUUAAGCAGAUGAACUCCCAAAACUCCCUCCAGCUUUUCAGCUUGAAUGCUUUUGAAAAAGUUUUUCCUGAGGAAAGAUACUUCGAUCUCUCAAAAAGGGCAAUUGAUUAUGCCAAUGGCAACCCUUUAGCUCUGAAAGUUUUAGGAUCAUCUCUUCGUUCUAAAAGUGAAAUAGAAUGGGAGUGUGCACUAGCUAAACUCAGAGAAUAUCCCAACAAAGAAAUUGAUUUGAUUUUGAGACGGAGUUAUGAUGAAUUGGAUGAUACAGAGAAAAACAUAUUUUUGGACAUUGCAUUUGGUUUCAAAGGACAUAAAAGGGAUAUGAUAACAAGAAUAUUAAAUAAAUAUGGUUUCUAUGCAGAAAUAGGGAUAAGAAAUCUUUUAGACAGGGCUCUUAUAAGAGUUGACUUCGAAAAUUGCAUACAGAUGCAUGACUUGAUACAAAAAAUGGGCAAACAAGUUGUUCGUGAAGAAUCUCCGAAGAAUCCCGGACAACGCAGUAGAUUGUGUGAUCCUAAAGAAGUUUGUGAUGUAUUGAAAAAUGAUAGAGGAACUGAGAUGGUUGAAGCUAUAUUUUUAGAUGCUCCAGAAUGUACACAUGUAAAUUUAAGCCCCAAAGCAUUUGCAAAGAUGCCAAAACUAAGACUUCUUGCUAUUCGAGACCACAAGGGAGUUAAAUCUAUAAGACUUCCAAGUGGCCUUGACUUAUUGCCAGAAAAUCUGAGAUAUUUUCAAUGGGAUGGCUAUCCAUGGAAAUCUCUGCCACCAAGCUUUUGUCCGGAAAUGCUUGUGAAGUUUUCCUUGGGAGGCAGCCAUUUAGAAAAACUUUGGAAUGGAGUACUGAAUUUGCCAAAUUUAGAAAUACUUGACCUCAGUGACUCCCAAAAGCUGAUAGAGUGUCCAAAUGUAUCUGGUUCUCCAAAUCUAAAAGAAGUAAUGCUUACUAGGUGUGCAAGCUUGCCUGAAUUGGAUUCAUCAAUUUUCCUUCUCCAAAAGCUUGAAAUUUUAUUGAUGAAAGACUGCAGGUCGCUUAAGACUCUUUCGAGUAACACAUGUUCACCAGCUCUAAUUUACUUGGAUGCCAUGUGUUGCAACAAUCUGCAAGAGUUCUCAGUCGCAUUUGCUUCCGUAGAUAGUUUGAGUUUGUCUUUACCAAAGUUUGGCGUGAAUGAACUCCCAUCCUCACUAUUGCAUUUAAAAAAUAUUGAAUGGUUUACUAGUCCUAUCAGUAAUAGUCUUGUGGAUCUUCCUGAAAACUUUGCCAUUAAUAUUUGUCUUUCGAGUGAGAGUGAUGAUGAACAUGACGUUUCCAUCACUUUACGUAAAGUACUUUCUAGCCCUGUCUUUCUGAGUGUAAAACAGUUAAUCAUUCAACACGUUUCUAUCUUGUUUAAAAUACCAGACAAUAUCUCCUUACUAUCAUCAUUAGUGUUUUUAUCGCUAAUUAGUAUUGAAAUUAGAAGCUUGCCUGAAAGCAUUAAGUAUCUUCCUCGACUCAAAUAUCUUGAAGUUAUCCAUUGUGAAAUGCUUCAAUCUAUCCCUGCACUUUCACAGUUCAUUCCAUAUUUCUUUGUCGGGGAAUGUGGAUCUCUUGAAGAAGUAUCAAGUUCAACGAAUGAACCAUCUCAUAAACCUUACCAUGGCUUUAUGUUCCUUAACUGCACAAAGUUGGAUUUUCAUUCAUAUCAAACAGUUCUGAACGACGCCAUUGCUGGGAUUGAACUUGGAGCAAGACUAAGUUCAGAAAAUGGAGAUACAUCUUUAUGUCAUGAUAAUGAUAUUAUUAAGUACUUCUUACCUGCCAUGUCUGGCAUGGAAAAUUGGUCCCCUUACCCUUCUACACAAGCUUCUGUCACUCUAGAGCUUCCUUCCAAUUUGUUGGGUUUUGCCUACUACAUGGUUCUUUCUCAAGGCAAUGUGGGAAAUGUUGUAGAUUUUAUAUGUGAGUGCUGCUUGGACAACAGUUCAGGUGAAAGGAUCUAUAUAACAAGUUUCCAAAGAGCCUGCGUCUCCAGUAUUGUCUUUUCUGAUAUCGAUUCUACAAUGUACAUGUGGUCGGAUCAUUUGGUUUUAUGGUAUGAUUCAGCAAGUUGCAAGAAGAUAAUGGAAGCAGUUGAAGAAAUAAAAGCCAGUAUUGAUGUGAACAACACCAGUUACAAUCCAAAGCUUACAUUUAGAUUCUUCAUUGAAGAAAGCCGAUAUAAUGAAGUGACUAUAGUCGAGUGUGGUUUUCACUGGAUAUAUCCCUUUGAAGACAGUGCAGCUCCAAAUAGAAAUGAUGAUCUAGAAUAUACAGUUCCUCCAACAAACAAGUUAGAGCAAAGUGUUGUUGGAACUCUUUCCAGCUUAGAAGUGUUUGAAAGUGAAGACUUGAGCUAUUCACUCGAACGACUCUUGGAUACGAUGGAGAGCAGCUGGAGUGGAGAGAAGAAAACUUCAAGUGAUUUAAAGAGGCACAACAAAUAGUUGACAGAGACAAACUGAAUGUUGAAUUAAAGAGCAUGUGGUGUUGGUACACAUUGUUUUUAAUCUUGUAUUAAUUGUACUAUGAACAUAGAUCUAGUAGAUUAAUGAUAAUCAUAUUUGCAUUAGUGGUCAUUUUUUCUACACACAGAUUACUCAAAUAGGUUCCAUGAGGCAUGUUAGAUUGUUGUCAUUAUUUUUUAAUACUGGAAUAAAAAUCUAUAAACGAUAUAAACAAAUAGAAUGUUUAGUGUUAAAUCUUGACCAAACUAAAAAAAGUAAACUUCAAUGUAUUCAAUGCAUAUGCAAAUGGGUUUAAGGAUGAAACAUUCAUAUGCUUAAAAUUCUGACAACUCCGUGAUUUAUCUUGCCACCUCCAAAUUUAAUCUGAUGCCCCAAAAAUGUUAUAUUAUUACUACCAUAUUAACUUUGUGAAAUAUGUUCUGAUAAAAGAUGUGGCUCAGGCAAUACCUAGUUACAUUAUGAGUUGUUACAAGCUUCCGGAGGCUAUUUGUCAUGAGAUUGAAGCAAUGCUUGCAAAAUUCUGGUGGGGUUCAAAGAAUGGAGAAAGAAAAGUGCAUUGGAUGAGUUGGGACAAGAUGGCAAAGGCAAAGAGGGCGGGGGCGGGGAUUCCAUGGUAUAAGUGAAUUCAACUCAAGCCUUCUUAGAAAACACUACUGGAGACUCUUGUCUAAUGAAGACUCGCUUGUAGGGAAAGUGCUAAAGGGGAGAUGCUUUCCGAAUCUGCAGAACACUUGUUUCGGGAAUGUGAGUUUGCAAAGCAAACUUUUUUCUCCUCCAUCUUGUCUUACCGUUUGCCUUCGGGUUUAGCUACGGAUGAUUGGUUGCUGAGUAUUAUGUGUUGUGGUGAUAGUUUUAGUUUUCAGCUCAUCUGCUCUAUGCUCCACAAAAUUUGACUUUCUCGAAAUGAGCUUUUGCAUAAGAAAAAGCAGGCUUGGGCAGUGAAGAUUAUUGUGGCUGCACUGCAGUGUGUCUUAGAGUUUAACAGGGGUGUGCCUUCCAAAGGUUACUUAGUGCUGGACGCUGAUUAGGAGGAUAGAAGCCAAAAUGAUAUGCAGAUUGAUAUGGGAGUCUUUGAGGACGGAGUUGCAGCCGAUGGUUAUGUCAUUAAAAACCAGUACAAUGUCAUUUCCUUGGCAGCAUGCAGCAGAGAGUUUGUUUCAGUCGAGCCGGUUGUGGCAGAGGUUUUGGCUGUUAGGUGGGGCCUUACGCUGGCUAAGAAUUUGAAGAUGGAUAGGUUCGUGGUUCAGACGGAUGCUCUAGUGGUGGUAGACUGUAUUAACGCGAUUAAGGACUAUGCUGUUAUUGAACCAGUGGCCUCGGACUGUAGAGAUUUGUUAGUUUUUAAUUUGUCGUUUGUUGUUUUCAUUAAUAUAAGUUGUAAUAUUGAUACCCAUAAUUUAGUUAAGUUGGGUAAACUCUACCGGUCUAGGAAAAAUUUACUUCCUACCCUUACAAUUAGACCUGUACCCCUACACGA